AGCUGAGAAAAGCCAUAGGGUGGUAUCCAGUGCUACUCCCACUCAGAGUGGACCCACUGAAGUUAACCGAUGUGUCUGAUUUAGGUUCCUUAAUCUCAGUGGGUCUACUGUGUGUAGGACUUAGUUGAAAAUAACCCAUGAAAUUUGAAAAAGCUGAUUUGUCUGCUAUUAUGAUCUAAGUUGUUUGUGGAAGUUUCUGUUAGUGACUUGGAAAUUACAGACAGGGAGGAGAAGACAGGACAAGGCAUGUUUUUGUGUUUGUGUACACUGCUUAAAAUUUGAAUAAUUAAGUGGUUUAUACUUGUCUUAAAUAAGGAUGAUGUACAGGUGGGACCAUAUUUGGAAACAUCUAUCUCAUUUCUAGUAAACUACUGAUACCCAAAAUCACUAUUUUGUUGUCAUUUUCAUAAGUUAUCUUGGUGCCUGGUUUGAACAGAGGGAGAGAAAUGAAGGUGAUAUAGUUGAUUUGCAAGAAAGUAAAUUACACAAACACAGAUCCUGUGAAAAGCAUUUGGGACAACUACUCAGUACCCUGACAUGUGGAAAUGGAGAGAGUGGGCUCUGGCUUCUCUGUAUUUUCAAGUCUUUCAUGGAGCUGGAUGCGAUUAAGAGGUCAGGGUUCCGCUGCCUCCGGGAUAUUGAAGUAGAUGUGAACAAUGUCUUCUUGUGGAAGGGACUUUUAGUGCCGGAUGACCCUCCAUACAAUAAAGGUGCAUUCCGGAUUGAGAUCAGCUUUCCAAGCGAGUAUCCUUUGAAGCCUCCGAAGGUAACUUUCAAGACUCAGAUCUACCACCCCAAUGUGGACGAGAAGGGUCAGGUGUGCUUGCCGAUUAUUAGCACUGAGAACUGGACACCUUCCACCAAAGCAAAUCAAGUGAUCCAGUCACUGAUAAUGCUGGUGAAUCGCCCUGAACCAGAUCACCCACUGCGUGCUGACUUGGCCGAGGAGUUCACCAAGGACCAUGAGCGCUUCCUGUCCAAAGCAGAAGAACAGACCUGCAAGUUCAGUGAGAAGCGACCAUUGUUAGAGCUACCCUGGGAACAUAAAGACCUGCUUAGCCUCUGCGUCUGGUCGCUGCCUGGAUGGAGGACCCACUGGGAACCCUGUGUAUGCCACCUUGAGUUCCAAGAUGGAAGAAAAAUGGGAUAUAAAGGCGGCCGACAGGUGCUUCUUUCAAUCACAGCUCCCACUUCUCAGAAGGGCCAGACGGAGCCAGGAGAAGGUGAAGAGAAGUCCAUUCACUUCCAGCAGAGAUUCUAGCAGUCUCUGGGCAACUCCAGUCUUGGUGAUGAGAAUCACAGGAAAUAUUUUUUCCCCUAUAAGGGGAGAGUGCUGUCUAGUGAAGUGCCCACAAGAGACCUGGUGUCCUGUGGAUUGCUAUCUUGAGCCAUUGGGCACGUGGAAGUGCAUUUGGGGUGAGAUGCAUUUCAUCUGUGGCAAAUGUCCUGGAGCUAUUAGCAUAUCUGACUUUCUUCAUAAACCAUGAGACAUUCAGAUGAAAUGGGGAAGAUUGCCGACAGGGAUUCAGAGACCACACAAACACAUUUAUCUGGCAGAAAAGAAACUCUUUUCAAGAGGAUACUUGAAACAAAUGAAAAGUUGCAGUCCAUCUGUUUAAAUCAGGAUUGUCAUUUGCACCCAAUCUGUUAUUUAAUGCAAACUGCUGUCUGUGACUAACCUAAAUAAAUAAGAACAGGCAUCUGGGAUUCUGUUGUUGUAGGUGGGGCUGGAAGAGGGUGGCAGUGGUGAGGCUGCCUGAGAGAUUGAAAGACAGUCUUCUUUAUGCCUUCCCCCUCCCCACUCUUUGACAUUUUAUUAUAUUACUCCCACAGCAAGGUCCUAAGACUCUCUCCAUCUUUUUAAGGUGAGGAGGAAUUCUAUAGGAGUAGAAUAUUUGGAGGCAAGUUGAGCUAUUGCAGCUUCAUAAAGACACAUUUCUACCUUGACCUAUCUGGGCCAAGGCAAUAGGGGGCUUUAGAUCGUAAACCAGCUCAGCACAAGGCAACAGUAUUUAGAUAUAGCAUGAGAGCAAAGCAGCCUUCUGUUUAAAUGGCUGGGGCAUGUGAGAGGCUGAGAACACCCCUUCCUCUAGGAGAUAAGAGCAAACAAGCCUCAGGACCUGAGCCUUACAUCUCUCCUCCCACACAUACACAGCUGGUCAGAAACUCCACAGAAUGCAAUGGAAUUUAAUCCCUGGUAAAUGUAUUUGAGAUUGCAACCUUAUUUCUCUAAAGGGACAAAUUAAUCCCACAGAUAGUACUUAACCUCCAUGUUGAAAUCACAAAAACUGACUAACAACCUAGACAUAAGAUUAGAUUCCAAAGCAUGUUAAGAUCCUGAUCUGAGCAAGCCCUAGGAAUCGAAUCCCAGCAUUUCAGAGUCAGUCAAGUUCGCACAGGGAAAGGUCUUCCUUACUGAAAAAGACCUAAAGAAUAUUUCAUUGACAACACAAGCUGCACAAAUAUUAUCAUCACCCUUUUUUGCAUCUUUCACAGCCUUACAGAGCAUGUUUCCUGUAAACAUUGCUAUGGGAACUAAAUGGUGAUAGUUCUCUGCUGGUAGAAACCCAUGGCUUGAAUCCAUUGUUUGCCAAGGCCUUUACCCCUUGUAGGCCUAUUUUAAAAUGUCUUCCUGGGGUGACAGUGAAAACUAUAUGGGAUUAACCUCUUCAGCAUAACACUCACUCAGUUCACUCCAGUAAACUCUCUCUCCUUCCUCGGCUUUUCAUUUCUGAAGCAGCUCUGACCUCUUGUGGCCAAACUGGGACUGAAUAAGCCCCUAAACUGAGGCUGUGUAAUAGCAGCACAAAGGGGAGUGGGGGAGAGAGUGAGUAGGAAGAACUGGGCUAUGCCCCAAAGAAGAAACGGUCCUGCAGUUAUAUCACAUGACCCUUUGUCACCUGCAAUAGGAAUAGCAGAUUUAGUAACAUGUUAUGAAGCUUUUCAUUUAUUAUUGCUAUUAUUACGAUUACUACUACUACUAUUAUACCCUGCCCUUCUUUUCGUGAAACCCAAGUUGGCUUACAUAUGGCUACUCCCAUCCAGGCACCGACCAGACCUGACCCUGGGGCAAGGAGAGGAUACAUUUGGGCAAUCUGUCAGGGUAGAAGAAGACUCACUUGUGGCUGGUACUGUAUGUCCAAGAGCUAGUAGAAGUAUAGGAUAAUCAUACAUUUCAGAAUAUAAAAACAUAAGAGGUGAUCCUGCCUCCUUUCUCCCCAAACAUUGGUGUAUAACUGCCCUCCCUACUCGCCUUUCUGAUGCCUUGUGGCUGUCUGCUGCUGAUUUAUCUUUGUUACUACCCUAGUGGUAAAAUGAUCAAGUUGUUAUAAAAAUGGUUCAUAUUCCCAGCUGUCUGUCUGAUUUGUUGUAUGAUUUAAGCUAGGCCUCCUCCCUUUUCCAUCAUGCCUCAGUUUGUUGUCCAAAAUACAUGGAGAGUAACUAAAGUGACCAAGAGUGAGCUUCCCACCAAAAGAGCAGACAUUGUUGGCUCAUGAUGAGCAGCAGAGGGAAAUGGCAGAUGUUGCUUUAUUUGCUGCUUACACAACAAGACUACACAAGGGUGGGAUCAAAUUACAUAAGACAUAAAAAAACAACAAAGGCCACUAAAAACUGUUGCAUGACAACAUUUAAAUAUAAGCAUGCAGCAAAGAGUUGGCUCCAAGCAAACUGUUGCAAAUUGCCUCAAGAAACUCGUUCCUUUUGCAACACUUCCAAUAUCUGGUCCACAAGUGGGCAGAUUCCAAGUAGCUGGAAAGAAAACUGAGCCAAUUUAUUGUUGGCAU